UAACAGCGAUGCGAUACCUCCCGCCGGUGUCGAGUUUAACUGCUUUUCGUCCUGACGUCAGAGAACCCAGCACCUGCCUGGGCGCUUACGCGCAGGCGUGAGAAGAAGAAGAAGAAGCAGAAGAAGAAAAAAAGUUCGUCUGCGCGAGCUCCGGAUCCACCGCUCGUCACCUUUCACCAGCGGAGAGGGGGAGUAACGUUUUUUGUUUUUUUGGUGGGGGAUUAAAAGAAAGACAAUCUUAAAAACACCGUCAAAGAAUUGACACGGAUGUCCCGGGAGGAAUCAUAACUACCGACCGCGUACGGGGGAAACGUGCGAACCGUCACGAGUGCGCGGAAGUUUGUGUUGAACUGAUGUUGUGGUAGCUAGCUGUUAGCCACGUUAGCUUGUUAGCUGAGGAAGGAAUGCCGGACUUCCCAAUUCACGACUAGCGCAACUUAACGGGCGAGGUGAACAGCUGACAUGUCGCGGUUCACGUCCUAACGGUUAAAACAACCGGUUUGGUAGAUGUUGCCGAUUUGACACGCUGUUAGUUGACGUUUGUGCGGGGGCCCACGAGCUUGGUAUCUUGUGGGGUCGCGUCACAGUCGAACAGCACCGAUACAUGAGGAGCGGAAACGCGUAUAAAGCCUAUAUUUAAAUAUAUAUAACGCUAUAUACAUACACGUAUAUAGUUAUAUAUGCACUCGUUGCUAUUAAGCAUCCAAGUGUCCCCGUCUUCGCCGCCACGGGUGACCUGUAGGCGCCGCAGCAUCGGACCCGCGACCCGUCCUCUCUGCAUCGGACCCGCGACCCGUCCUCUCUCUAUCGGACCCGCGACCCGUCCUCUCUCUAUCGGACCCGCGACCCGUCCUCUCUGCAUCGGACCCGCGACCCGUCCUCUCUCUAUCGGACCCGCGACCCGUCCUCUCUGCAUCGGACCCGCGACCCGUCCUCUCUGCAUCGGACCCGCGACCCGUCCUCUCUCUAUCGGACCCGCGACCCGUCCUCUCUCUAUCGGACCCGCGACCCGUCCUCUCUCUAUCGGACCCGCGACCCGUCCUCUCUCUAUCGGACCCGCGACCCGUCCUCUCUCCAUCGGACCUCGUUCAUCGUCUCCUGCCGCGAUGGGCCCCCUCUUCAGCUAGUUUACUGCGCCCCGUGGAAACGACUCUGCAGCCCUCUCGCCAUGGGCGGAUGUGUGGGGAGAUACUGGGAAGGCUGGGAGGACACGCAGAGCCGAGGCUCGUCCAGGAACGGCGGCCGAGGAGGACGCAACGAGCCGCUGAAGAAAGACCGGCCCAAGUGGAAGAGCGACUACCCGAUGACGGAGGGCCAGCUGCGCAGCAAGCGGGACGAGUUCUGGGACACGGCGCCGGCCUUCGAGGGCCGCAAGGAGAUCUGGGACGCCCUGAAGGCGGCGUCCGUGGCCCUGGAGGGCAGCGACCACGAGCUGGCCCAGGCCAUCGUGGACGGCGCCAGCAUCACGCUGCCGCACGGAACUCUCGCCGAGUGCUACGACGAACUGGGGAACCGCUACCAGCUGCCCGUGUACUGCCUGGCGCCGCCCGUCAACCUCAUCUCGGAGCGCGGCGACGACGACCCCGGCGAUAGCCCCGAGCUGCCCGCGGCGCCCAAGAAGGAGUUCCAGCUCAAGGUGCGCCUGUCCACGGGCACGGACCUGCGCCUCAGCGCCAGCAUGGCCGACACCAUCGGGCUGCUGAAGAAGCAGCUGCAGGCGCAGGAGGACAUCGACGCCGCCCACCAGCGCUGGUUCUUCUCCGGCAAGCUGCUGACGGACAAGACGCGGCUGCAGGACACCAAGAUCCAGAAGGACUUUGUCAUCCAGGUCAUCGUCAACCCGCUGGCCCUCCAGCCCAAGCUGUCGCCCGCCACCACCCCCACCGCCGGCGCCGCCACCACCACCACCACCAUCACGCCCGCCGCCACCGCCGCCUCCUCGCCUGCGUCUGAAUGACCGAGGACGCAGAGGUUUGGUGGUAGGCGGCCAACACUAAAAGACGGCGUUGCCUCCGACUGCUGGAGAACUUCUGGGUUUUUGUUGUUGACAUCCGUCGUUGAAUCAAAGGCGAAGCGACUUUGGGGAGGAACUCGUGAACGCGCGUCUCUCGUUCCUCGUUGUGUUUCCCGGCGGCGGCUCUUUAGCGUGAGUCCAGCCACCGCUCUGACUCCGGAGGUCCUCGUCCUCUCGUCUCUCUGAACCGUCUCCAGUCUAAAGCAGAACUUCUUGUCGUGCGGCCUUCUGGACGUCGUGCUGCUGACUCCGCCCUCUUUUCUUUUUAAUCUGCACUAAUGCUCAUAACUAAGUGCCAAUGGACGCAGUGCGGAGGUGUUGGUGUCUGUUCUAAAGCACAUUUCUACGAUGGACUUCUUUUCUCCUCCACUGAAACGUAAGGGGAAGGCAGAUAGUGAGAUAUUAAGACCCCCCCCCCCUCCUUCUUUUAUGUUAUCAAGAAAACAAUGUAAACUGAGCUUUUUUGCACAUUUGAAGGUUGUUCCUAUACUUUCGUGGUCGUUUGUGUGCCUUCUACAAGACGAAAACAAACAAGUUAAUGUCCGGCAAGACGCUAGUUUUACCACUAGACCCUUCUGUAUUUUAUUUUUUAGAUUCAGGACCUCUAAGAUAAAUCCAAGCUAUAACCGCUGCCUUUAAAAAAAUAUGUCGUUCAUGAAUCUUACAGACAAAACAUUGUGUGUGUGUGUGUGUGUGUGUGUGUGUGUGUGUGUGUGUGUGUGUGUGUGUGUGUGUGUG